AUGACAUCCAGAAAUCUCAACAAGACCUGGCGCGAUAUUGUCUUUGAACAGUACGAAGCCGACCACGCAGCUGACGUACCCUUUCCAAUUCGCUACUUAAUCUACGGCGACCAGUGGAAAACAGAUAUCAUUAUUGAGAUCCCCAACAAGAUUGACGUGCCUGUCUUUCGUCAAACUCUCCUCCACGCAGCUAGUUCUAGACGCCUUGAAAAGGACCCGGCGUACGAAGACGACCUGAUCAAGAUCCGAGCACGUGUUCCGCUUUCCAUCAUGAGUAACAAUGAUGCACACCCGCAAGAUGAUACUGCUACUUCUGGUAGCAGUGGGGGUCAUCAGUGA